CGGUCCGCGGAGAGGCCAUGCCGCUGGACCACAGACGGGUGCCCGGCCCGGAGGAGUCGCAGGCGCCGCUGCUGUUCGUGCCCUCGGGAGCCAAGGAAAGCGAGCCGCCGCCGGCAGGGGCUGCACACCGGGACCCGACGGCGCUGCAGCCGCUGUUCGAGUUCCGGCGGGCGCCUUUCUCCGGGCGCGGAGCCCGCGGGCGGCCCAGCGACCGGGAGCCGGAGCUGAGCUUGGCGCUGCAAGAGGCGCUGGAGCCGGCCGUGCGCUUGGCGCGCUACCCGCGGGCGCAGGUGGACGUGAGCGCGCUGCUCCUGCAGGACGGCGGCUCGGCGUUGGCGGCCGCGCUGUGCGCCGCGGGCCUGGCCCUGGCCGACGCCGGCAUCGAGCUCUACGACCUCGUGGUGGCCUGCGCGCUCUGCCGGGCGCCGUCGGAGGGCGAGUGGCUGCUGCAGCCCAGCGAGCCCGAGGAGCGCGCCGCCGCCGCCCGCCUCACCGUGGCGCUCCUGCCCUCGCUCAACCAGGUCUCGGGACUGCUGGGCAGCGGCGAGGGAGGCCCACCCGACAGCUGGGCGCAAGCCGUGCGCCUCGGCCUCGACGGCUGCCAGCGCCUCUACCCGCUGCUGCGCCAAAGCCUCCUGCGCGCGGUUAAGCGCAGAACCGCCGAUACCCAAGAGCCGUCAGAGAGAGAGGAGGCGGUUGAGCCUCCUGUUGUUACCGCUUAAAACCAGAUUGUGGUUUCCAGCUAAACGCUGCGCUGGUGUCCAGUGCCCAUUAGGAGCGGCAGAGGCGCCCGCUUUCCAGCCAUCUCCCUCUCUGGGAAUCUGCUGUACCGAGGGAUCCGUAAUCCGAAGAUCUGCAGCUCCGGUUUGGGGCACUGCUCCUUAUCUGCUUUCUUUGCAAGCCCCCUUGCCGCCCAGCUUGUGACUUCUCCAUGGGGAACCGACUACACAUUUCCUCUGGCUGGUUAUUGAAUCCACUGGCAUUCGCCUUUCACAGCAGGGCUGGCAACUCCAGAAAACUGCACUGAAGGACAUUUGUGAACAGGUUUCAGAAAUCCUUGUGAAAACCAGGAAUAAUGAAUGGCGUCUCCUGCCAUCUGUUGAAAAACCACUGGAUACCUGUUGUUUUGUAGGUUGCUCCCAUAGACUUAGGAGAAACGUGGAAGAUCUUUUAUUAUUAUUGUUAUUAUAUAUUUCUGUGAUGCAAUUAACAUAAUUGGUUGUUUGUAGCAGGCUGACUUCCAGCUUUUUUGUCUGAGCUUUUUGUUCUGAAAUGCACAUUUCAUGGACUGACUCCUCCCCAGCU